CGCCUUUAAGCAGGAACUUCUUAUUUUUGCCAUUACAUUUGGCAUUAAAUCUCCCAAUAACUUGAUUUACAAUCAAACUUCCGAUAAUUAGCUUCAACUCUUUAAUUAGUACCCGUUUCUAAUUCCAGUAGAUACAGAGUGCUCAUACCAAAUCUGUUAUCGUGAAAGGAUCAGCCUCUUUCAAUGUCUGACGCAUUACAUCAAAGUGGUACUCGGAACUCCGAGUCACUCAAUGAAGCUGAGGAGGUGGAAAAAUAAGAGGCUUGGAGCCAUUACUGGGCGCCAUUUUGAUGAAUUACCAGAUUCAAGGUUACAGGAAGAUGCAAAAGCUAAGCCUUGUAAUUUAAAGAUCGAAAAAGGCGUAAAUGCGGUCCUGAGCGGGGUCGAGGGUGGCAUAGAGAGUGCUCAUCUGGAAAUUAGCCUUGAUUGUGUACAUGACGUUGAGGCAUACCUUGAAAAUCUUUCACGCCUUACGAGAUUGGGCAAAUAUAAUGAUGCCCGAGAUCUUUACGAAUCGUGCCCACCGACUCUGAAAGACCACCCAGAACUUUACAUCGACUUUUUCGAUACUUUGCUAAAACAGGGUGCUUAUGAGACUUUAGUGGAUCUCAUGGCAAACAAUGACCUAUCUCAGUUGAAGGGAUUGAGCAAAUAUGGAUUCUUUCCCAAUCAUUAUGCGCAGUCCAUGUUGGAGUUAGCACGGAGGUGCACUUUUGAUUCUUGCGACGAGGUAUUUGGGAGUUAGGAUUUGAUACAAUCCUGAACGGCUUAAAGUCUAAUUUUGUGAACCUUGAUUCAAUAAAAGUAGAUGCUGUACUUACUCAUAUGGAUCAUUUGCUAAUUAAUCGCCAGGUACAAACGCUUUGUAAUAUACUUUCCCUCGAUUUGGAAAGAGAAGAAUAUGCGUAGACAUACAAAAAAAUCUCAAAGGAAUUGGAAAGAGUCAUGAGUAGCUCCUCGGCUUGGCACCAUUUGUACAUCAACUUGCUGUCAGCAAACAGGAUCUGGGAUAUGCGGGAUAUUUUUCACGCCCUGUGUUCAAGAUACGGGAUCGGAGACACAAUUAAACUUUUCACUCCUCGGAGACAGCUUUGUAGCGACAGCGUGAGGACAGAAAGAUUUAUAGAGAAAUUUGUCGCUGCAUGGACGCACAAUUUCCACGGUGAUGAAUCAACAGAAUUAGCGAUUCUUGAUAUAUUAGUGACACUUUCACUCCAGUUGCUUUCACACGGCAGUCAGACUGAUGUUGUUGUUAAGCGAAUUAUAAGUAAAGCCACGGCCUACGCUAAUCAAUGCGCGUUGUCUAUUAGUCUGAAUAAUCCGGAAAAUGUUCAAACGAGCCCCUAUCUGAGGUGGAUUUUAGCCAACGAAAGACUAGCGAGAGAGCCACCGACAAACUCUGAUUUGCAUCCGAUUCCAGAUUAUAAAUACCUAAAGCAAUCUCACGGGGUUCUUGUAUGGACAUGUAACUUGCCAAUCUACGUGCCUCUAGAUCCUCGUGAAGGUGGGCACCCUACCUGGGAAACUCAAUCGCGGAUAACGCCUGAUAACUUGCUAAAACUUGGAUUAAACGCCUCACGCAGAAACGGUGACUACCGCUUAGGAGCUCAAUUUUUAGAGGAAAUUUUCUAUACAUCUGACUCGCUACUAGAGGUAUUAUCCGAGUUGUCCCGUCUACAGAAAGAUGUACAGGGAGAUCGAAUUAGUUAUUUGCGAACGUGCUUAACCAAAUAUCUUUUAGCGGUUGAUACCACAGCCAUGGAGAUGAUAAGCGACGAGCUGAGAGCAUUUGAUGAGGAACUCUAUUCUUCAGACUCAAAGGCUUUGAUGGUUGAUCCCAUAACAGAUUGAUGCCUACGACGUGUGCAGAGUGCUUUGUACUAUUCCCUUAACCUCACAACACCAGAAAUUUCACUCAUUAUGAAGCAAGAGGAAGCAUAUGAGGCGCUACCCUACGACUUUAAACGCUUAUUAGCCGAGCUAGGAAAGAGGGAUGGUAGUCACGAACUUUACCCUCCUGAAGUAGCCCUUCCAAAGAAGUUUGCAGAACCUUGCAAGGGGACAGUUUACCGAGAUGGUAAUUUUAUUAUCUGCGAUUCAUCUGGUUACUUUACAAGGCCUUUUACUGCCUCAGAUAAUGAAGAUUUCGUGGAUUGAUGCUAUGAGUUAUAUUAACAAAGCCGUUGUAAUGGUUGGUGUAUCAAGCUCUCGCAUGAAUUUCCAAUCAUCGCGACUAGGCUUUUGUUUUGGUUCGGAU